CUGUGGUCCUCAACUUUUCCAUCAAAGACCUAAUAGAAAAUGGAACAUCAAAUGAAACAUUCAAAUUUACCUUGAAUCCUCCUAUCAGAAUUUCCUACAAAUAGAUGUUUUCGAUUUCCAAUGUUAGAAGCCCUGAUAAACUUCAUCAUGGAACCUCUAACUGGCGCCUGGAGGCCCCAGUUACCCCCCUUCGAGAACAUAAUUUCUCGAACCCGAGGUCAGGCGUCAGUCUCGUGGUAGAGUCCCUUAGAUCAUCCUCGGGAGACGAUAAUUACCGGUCGUCGACUCGGAUCGAUCGAUCGGUAUCCUACGGUUAUCUUAUCCAGCCUCCCUUUCGGUACUCUAUUUCUCGAUCGGCCGGUGAAACUCCGGCGGGCGGGCGCAUUUUUUUUCGGCUACCAUGGCGCGGCGGCCAGGGCAACGAUAAGCGAUAAGGGCCGCGAGUUACACGCGGUGAUAACCCCUUGGUACUCGCAUGAGGUCAACCGGGGAACGGCACGCUUUCCUUCAACACGGCCGACUUCGUGGCGUCUAUAUUUAGAUUAUCAAUGGCCGGUCUGAUGUACCAGGAAACACCGCCUCCGAGGAGAUUCAGGAGAAGUUGAUCCAGAAUUCCAGGAAACCGAAUAGCCCGGAUGAAUGGACCCGCUUGGUUCGUCUGUGAAAAAUCGUAGAGACGCCUCGAACUCGGUGUUAACGACCUCGAUAUCUUCCAUGAAUAAAGUUUCGGAUUUUAAUGUUCGCUAAUGAAGAUUUACACCUGCUGGAUGGAAAUCUGAAUGAUCAAUUUCAUUUCAACCCCUUUCAAUUUUAAUGCAAAUUUUUGUAUCUUGCAAAUGGAAGGUUCACUGUUUGGUGGUUGCAUUUCUUAAAUCGAGUGUAGGUCAACGGAUCUGAGAAGAAAGUUGGUCAGUAGGGUGAAGAUUGGAGACUUUCAGAUUGUAUUCAGGAAUGUGAGACAGGGUUGGCUGUUACGAGACAAGGCAGAGAUAGAAUCGUGUUUCAAGUGAAAAUAGUCGACGUGAUCGCAGUUCCGCAAGAGGUCGCCAAGGAUUAUAUUGAUGUUCUGUGUGGACCGUGUUAUCGUUAGUUUGUGGAUUGGUUCACGUGUUCAUUUCGUAAGCUUCUACUUUGCGAAUCUGAUUUAAUUCGAUGCCAGAGGCAGAGAAAUGGUUGAAAGUUUUUAAUUGUGUGGGGUAAAGGGGUGUAUAUUCCACCCUUUAAAAAAUUCUUUAUUUCUAAAAAGUAUUGUAAAUUUGUUAUGAUGAAGACAAUUACUUUCAGGACCUAAUAAACAGUUUUUUAUAACCAUAAUAAUUAUAAUACUAAUUAUUAUUAUUUUUCUUUUGCAGGUGACUGGAAAUCAAGGGGUGUGUUUUCAUCCUUUAAAUACUUUUUUAUUUCUAGAAAAUAUUGUGAACUGUUAAUGAUGAAGAAAAUUACCUUGAGGACUUAAUGAAAAAUUUACUAUAGCCAUAAUAAUUAAUAUUAAUUAUUAUUAUUUCUUUUUGCAGUUGACUGGAAGAUAGGAUAUAAUCAAGGGGUGUAUUUCCACCCCUUAUAUACUUCUUUAUUUCUAAAAAAUAUUGUAAAUUGGUGACUGGAAGAUUGGAUUCGAGAAAUAAAUAUAAUCAAGAGGUGUAUUUCCACCCCUCAAAUACUUCUUAUUUUUAAAAAAUAUCGUAAAUUGGUGACUGGAAUUACUUAACAGGUUAAAUAAUUGCAAGAUUACUACAAAAAAGAAUAUUGAUUGAGUUUAGGGUAUCAAUCGUUAAUUAUCGAUUGUAUCAGACAAAAAAUUUGCCGAAUAUAACCGAGUUAAGAUAUUAAUGUAUUAUAGAAAUAAAAAGGGAGCUUAUCGUUGAUAAGUAAUAUCGAAUAUAUUUAGAAUGCAAAUUGAAGUCAACGAACUAUUUUGGAAUUUUUUGAGAAUUAAUAUUGAUUAUUCGAACAUCGAAAACAAAAGUGUACAAAACAUGCCGUGUUUUUGUCCUUAUCGAUAUUUUUACUCCUUCAUGAUUUUCAUUGAAAUAACCGGACAAACAUAAUUACUUCACUUUUCCUUAUAAAGAGAAAAACAAACGGUUUUCAAAAACAAAGAUUUAAUUCCAAUUAAAUUUUCUCAAGCUAAAUAUCAGUAUAUGUAAAUAUUCCGUUAUCGUUUCACAAUUAAAAAAUAAAAAUAAAAAACAGAGAAAGAGAGAGAUAGACGUUUCUUUUCUACAACAAAAUCAAGCGAUAAAAACGAUGUACGAUACAGAUAAUAAUAUAAAUACUUCGUUGAACGAUAAGCUUUAUCAAAAACUUCCAAAAUAUCCAGUUCACCAGCGUUAACAGAAAAAUUCGAGGAAAAUACGUGGAAGCAACGGGAAAUGAAAGUGGCAGUGAGUCAGAUGUAUCCACGGUAUCGGAGUGUGUGAAACGCAAUCGAAGAGGAAGAGGGUUAAGAAUAAUUGAUAAAGCAACGAGCGUCUGAUGUGUCUUACAUAAAAGUAAUAACAACCAAUUGGACGCGUGCCGUUCUUCCAUGUAACAUAACCCAGACCUAACCCAGGACCUAUCGUGCCGAGAGUGCAAUUGCCACGAUGCUCGGUUUUAUUCCAUCCAGCAGGAGGGCCGGGAAUUGCGAAACGAUCGUUCAAAGUUUGACCUAACGACACUGAUACGAAGAAUCUUGAUUAGAACUUAUGUACAUAUGUAUGUAACGACCUUUGCGUUUGCUUCGAGGCUCCUGGCGCCAUAGAAUCCGAGAAUAUCAGACGAUUCUUCGUUCGAUCUUAGGAAUUUCGGGUGGAUGUUUAGGAAAUGAUUUUAUGGUAAUACAAGAGUAAAAUGUUUGGGUUCGUACGAAUUCUAGGAUAAGGUAAGCAAUUAUUGACCCUUUUUCUGAAAAAAGUAAGAAAUAUUGGGUUUUUUAAAUUUUUGAUAGCGGACCAUGGAGAGAGACCCUCGACCGCGGACCCUGGAGAGAGCCCUAAGACACCUCUAAUUUUAUGUUCUACAUUUUGCACUGUCCCCUCAAAAAUUACUAAGGGAGUUACUCCUUAAAUUUAGAGAGAGCUUAACGUAGAACCUUCUAGCUUUUGAAAAUAACAAAUUAGGGUUAAAAAUGUUCCACGUCUUUUCUCUUCCAAAUACAAAUAAAAUCCAUUAUUUAAUGAUUAAUUCUAGUAUUUACAAAUUCGUGAAUUAAUUUAAACUCUGAAUGAACAUGAAAGAUUCUACUUAAUGAACGAAGUUCAUGAAUAGAUAUGAAAUAAAACAAGGUACGAUCGAUCGUUUGUUUACCAAGCACGGUUCAACGAGAAGGAAAGGUAGGCACGAAGGAUACACGCAUAAUAAUACGUGUAUUAAAUAUCACCGGGUAAAAGAGAGGGUUCAUAAAUCGAUGGGACGCGCCCGAGGGAAAGCAGUGACGGUCAAGUCAUGGAGAGAUUCAGUCCACCAGCGGCUUCAUUGAAGAAAAGAAUCAGCCCCCCAAUAGCAUGGAAUCUGGGCCUGACCAGCAGGGAACCAAAGUUCGUUAAAGCGAUCCUGUUGGGUCAUCAGGGUGUCGGUAAAACUGCUCUGGCAGUGAGAUUCGCUACGAAACGAUACAUCGGCGAAUACGAUUGUAGUACCGAGAGGAUAUACAAGGUUGACAACUUCCUGGAUGCCACGUGGGAGAUAACUGAUCCCCCGGGAUAUUUGCCACCACCGACCGAGCUGAAACUACGAUGGGCAGAUGUGAUUAUUCUGGUUUAUUCGGUGUCCGAUCGGGUUAGCUUCGACGAGACAUCUCGUCUUCGGUUCUUAGUAUCACACGCAAGGAAAACUAGGCGAGUACCACCCGUAGUGGUACUGAUAGCUAAUAAAGCAGACGUAACGUACACACCUGGCGAGAGGGUAGUAUCCACUGUGGAAGGUCGUCAGAGAGCCGAAGAGAUCGAGGCUAAUGCAUUUCACGAGAUUUCUGUCAGAGAAUCUGUCGAACAGGUCAUGGCCGUUUUUACCGACAUCUCCAAGCUGUUGACGGAAUUGCCCGGUAAUUCUGGACAGCAGGGAAGCUCUUUCAGGGUGAGGGCAUCCACUGACAGUACUUUGAACGCUCUUCGACGACCCUCUCCUGUUCCGCUCAAGAGGAGAUUCAGUAUCUCCGUGCGAGGAACUACUCAUUGAAUCGGCGAUUUAUAGUACUAGAAUGUAUUUAUUGAAGUUUGGUAUUUUUCAGUUCAAUAGAAAUCUGAUCCGAAGGGUUUCAAACCCGCUUGGGCUGCCUGGGAUCCAGGGCCGGCCCUGGGCCUAGGCAGACUAGACGGGCACUUAGGGCCCCCCAAGGUCCAGGGCCCCUAUAAGACGACUUUGCGUCUAAGAAUACAAGAAGAGUAAUCUAAAUUAGUUAUACAAGCUUUAAUGUUAAUUUUAUAAAUUUUAUUUGAGGUACCUUUUUUAUUAUGUGAAGGGAGCUCGCUUCGAACCCCCGAAAUCCUAGGAUCGGCCCUGCAGAGAUCGCUUGAGUUUCAAAUUUCUUUUAGAAUAAUAACUAAAAUUUGUUAUAAAACAAUAUUUAUUAACGUGAAAUAUUAACAAUAAAAAGAGCGCAGUUGUUGUAUAA